UGAAGGGAGGGAACAACUCCUGGCAGAGGCUGUGGUAUUUAACCACCACACCCUUUUCACUUCUCAUAGCUGGAACUCUUCUGUGCAUCAUCUGCUCACUUAGGACAUCUAAGAUGGCUUUGGUAUCUGAAUUCCUGGGUCAGCUGACCCUCAAUUUUGGGUCGAGCGAUCCCACCUACCCCACUGUGGUUCCUGCAGCUGAUUUUGAUCCAGACAAAGAUGCCACCAGAAUAGAGACAGCUAUCAAAACUAAAGGUGUGGAUGAACAGACCAUUAUUCAGAUCCUCACCAAACGGACAUACAGCCAAAGACGAGAAAUUGCCUUUGCAUAUGAGAGGAGAGCCAAGAAGGAUAUGAUUACUGCCCUGAAGGGGGCACUGUCUGGCUCACUCGAGACUGUUAUUUUGGGCCUGAUGAAGAGCACUGCUCAGUACGAUGCCUCUGAGAUUAAAGCCUCCAUAAAAGGUUUAGGAACAGAUGAGGAGACCCUGAUUGAGAUCCUCUGCUCUCGAAGCAAUGCAGAGCUGGUGGAGAUUAAGAAAGUCUACAAAGAACUGUUCAAAAAGGACCUGGAGAAGGAUGUGGCUGGAGACACCUCAGGAGACUUCGCUAAGCUGCUGCUCGCCCUAGUGGCGGCCAAGCGGGAUGAGCCAAGCACUGUAGUUGACUAUGGGAAAAUUGAUGAAGAUGCCAGAGCACUGUAUGAAGCUGGAGUGAAACGGAAGGGCACUGAUGUCAAAACCUGGAUUAGCAUCAUGUCAGAGAGGAGUGUCCCUCAUCUGCAGAAAGUAUUUGACAGAUACAAGAGCUACAGUCCCUACGACAUGCAGGAGAGCAUCAGGAAGGAAGUAAAAGGAGAUCUGGAGAUGUCCUUCCUUACACUCGUCCAGUGCUUUGAAAACAAACAGCUCUACUUUGCCAGCAGACUCAACGAUGCCAUGAAGAGUAAAGGCGCAAAGGAGAAAGUGGUGACGAGGAUCAUGAUCUCACGCUGUGAGGUUGACCUUAAGAAGAUCAGGUCUGAGUUCAAGGCCCAGUUUGGAAAGUCUCUGUACCAGACCCUCUCUGAGCACACUAAAGGAGACUAUCAGCAGGCUCUGCUAAGUUUGUGUGGAGGAGAUGAUUAAAGCAGAGCAGGUAACUGGUUCCAGGACCCUCAGAUGCUGUGAUCCUCAGGAGCCUUUCGUCUGCUCAGCCCUCGGCUCUCACGUACUGUUCUAGCUUUAUGGAUAGUCUAUAAUCUAUAUGGAUCAGUCUAUCUCUAACUGGAGUCACAGUGUUUCAAAGAGACCAAAGACAAAAAUCCCAAUUAUGUCAUUUGUAGGCUUCUGAAGUAAUGACUGUUGAAUGCUCAAAUCUGGGGUUGGUAAGCUCAACUGAUUGACUUACAUUAUCCACAAAGAAGGCAAAUGUAUUUCUGCAUCCCAUAAAUAAAGGGACAACGCUGUAUUAAACUGUGCCAUAGUUGACCAUUCUAAUGCUUUUUUUUUUAAAAAAAAAAAACAAAAAAACAUUUGUAUGUAUUUCUAUGGUACGUAACUGCUGUAUUUA